CGCGCAUGGAGGUCAGCGGCGGCCCUCGCGGCGGCAGCUCAGGUCUCCCGGCGGCGGGGAAGAGGCUGCGGGGCGUGGAUGCCGAGGGCCGGAGGGCGUGGCCGGCUGGAGGAGACCGGACAGGCGCUCCGGGACGCGGGGGGCGCGCGGACCCCAUCACUUGAUCGCAGAGGCAGGCAGGACUGAACAGUAUCGGGAUAUGUGACACACCCCUGGAGAAGGGCUUUGGACCUGGACCUGUUCACUAGGAAGCUGCCCUCCCUGCCACCCAGGCCAUCAUGGCAGCCCGCCUGGUGAAGCGAUGCGCGUGCCUCCUGAGAGAGGCCACCCUUCUGGCCCCUGUGGUGGCUCCGGUAGGCCGACUGAGGCUUGCCAGCGUGGCGCAUAGGACUCUGACUUUCUCAGCCACCUGCCCCAGUUCCCACUUCCCAGGCCCCUUGUCAGGGCUUGUGGAGAAGGAACAACUGUCUGCCCCCUAUCCAGAGCACCAGGAGGUGGAGCGGCUCAUUGAGAAGGCCACCCGGCCAGAGGAGCUCCUGGAGCUGCUCAGUGACAGUCGCUGCCUGCAAGAGAACCAUGCGGCCCUCAUGCUUAUCCAGCUGUCUCGCCUGCUGUCUGACAAGCCGGAAGACAGAGCCUUGCUUGUGCAGGAUGCCCGCUUUCAGCAGCUUCUCCAUCUCGUUGACAGCCAGAUAAGUGCUGUGUGGCACGGGACUCUUGUGAAACUGCUCCGCAGCCUGUAUGCGCUGGCACUGCCCGCGGCCUGCAGGGAGCUGCGCUCAGUGGAGCAGGAGGUCCGCUGGCGCCUGCGUAGGCUCAAGUACAGGCAGCUGGCCUUCCUGGCCGAGUCGAGCGCCACACACAUGCGGGAGUCCCCGGAGCUGCUGGCUGAGCUGCUGCUGCACUUAGAGCGGCGCUGGACGGAGAUCGAUGAUGGCCGCACUGCGGUGGCCCUGAUGGCGAAGACGGGGCACCUCUCUGAGCCGCUGAUGAACCGCCUGGAGGACAAGUGCCUGGAGUUGGUGGAGCGCUUCGGCCCCGACGAGCUGCGGAAGGUGCUGGUGACGCUGGCGGCUCAGAACCGGCGUUCAGUGCCCUUGUUGCGCGCCGUCUCUUACCACCUGGUCCAGAAGCCAUUCCCGCUGACAAAAGGCAUGCUCCUGGAUCUGGCCUAUGCCUACGGCAAACUUGGCUUCCACCAGACCCAGGUGCUCCAGCGCCUGGCUGCUGACCUGCUGCCCCACGUGCCCAGCCUGACGUCCGGCGAGGUGGCCCGUGGCGCCAAGUCCUUCGCCCUCCUCAAGUGGCUCAGCCCUCCCCUGUUCGAGGCCUUGGCCCAGCACGUCAUAGACCGAGCCCACACCGUCACCGUGCCGCACCUGUGCAACGUGCUUCUGGCCUUCGCACACCUGAACUUCCGUCCCGAGCGAGAGGACAAGUUCUUCGGCCUGGUUCACGAGAAGCUGGGGCCCAAGCUGCGGAGCCUGCACCCGGCCCUGCAGGUGGAUGUGGUGUGGGCGCUGUGCGUGCUGCAGCAGGUGCAGGGGGAGGUGCUGCGAGUGGUGCUCUGCCCUGAACUGCAUGCCCGGUUCCUGGGCAGCGAGUCCCCAAAGGACCAGAGCACCUUCCAGAAGCUGCUGCACAUCAGCGCCACCGCCCAGCUGGAGCACCCUGAGUACACGGGCCCCCUUCUGCCGGCCUCAGACUGGGCACCCUGGCUCUUGGCCUGUGAUGGGAAGGCCACACCCCUGCAGAAGGAACUGCGGGACACCCUGCAGGGGCUGCUGGGGAGCCCCAGCAGGGGCAGCUUCGCAGUGGCCACGCAGUACGGCUGGGUUCUGGACGCCGAGGUGCUGCUGGACACGGACGGCCAGUUCCUGCCCCUGAGAGACUUUGUAGCCCCGCAUCUCACUCCUCCCUCGGGGACCCAGCCGCUGCCCCCUGGGGCCAAGAGGCUGGCGUUCCUGCGCUGGGAGUUCCCCAACUUCAGCAGCCGGAGCAGAGACCUGCUGGGGCGCUUCGCCCUGGCCCGGCGUCACGUGCGGGCCGCCGGCUUCCUGGUGGUAGACGUCCCCUACUACGAGUGGCUGGAGCUCAAGUCUGAGUGGCAGAAAGGCGCCUACCUCAAGGACAAGAUGCGAAAAGCAGUGGCGGAGGAGCUGGCCAAGUGACCUGGACUGCGCCCUGGGCGACCCGGCUCACAGCCUGGACUGCACUGUGGGGGAGCUGGCCGGCAGCUCCUGCUCUCUUGUGGGCAAUAAACAGUGAAUUCCAGUGUCCACACCAGGAGGUGUCCCGGACUUUGUCACCAUUACCACCACCCACCCUGCUCUCAUGGUGGCCUGUCUGUCCCGGCUUCUCUGCCUCCCCAGGUCCCCUUGUCCCACAUGUUCACAUGGAGCCGCCUGCUGUUCACACCGUGCGGUCCACACCCAGGGUCCUGGGAUUCCAGCGUUUGGGCUGCGAGGACUUCCUGGGUCAGGCCUGUAGGGUUUUGAGGACACGGCUUGGGGUUCUGAUCUUGGUGUGGGCACUGACCACAGGUGUCCUGGGCGUCCCUGCCUACCUGUGCUGUGGUCUCAGAUGAGUGGAGGACCCCCAAGGACCCAAGCUGACCAGUGUCACUGGCUCUGGAACAAGGGACAGGUGCAGUCAGCUGACAGGAUGCAGCUACCAUCACCUCCAGACCAGGGGGAUGUGCCCUGUCCCUGAGUGGCCCGAGCCUCAUCCCUGCCCCGCCCAGUAGUCUGUCCCUUCCCCAAGCCUCUGCUGCAAAAGCAGGAUGACCGCCACAUGCUGCCAUUUGUCCCCAGCAGCUCAGAGCGGGGCAGGGAGAAGGGCCAUCUCCAAAGUGGUCCCUCUGGAAGAGCUAGUCAGUCUCCCAAAACCGUGCAGCUCCCACAGGCAUUGGGGUACGGGUGGAGGGGGGCCUCUGGCACUUGUCAUUUGCACAGGCCAGAGGGAGGAGCAGCUGAGAGGACUCUGAAGCCGGUGUCCCUGAGCGUAGGCAAGAUGUGGGAGCAGGGAUGACAUCAUGCAGUGAAGAACGGGCAUAGAUGAGGGUUGGGGUGUGGAGCUGGUCCUGUCCACUCAGGACCACAGGCUUUCACUGGAGACGCUCAGGUCCCUUUGCAGUCUUGAGACAUCACAGUGGUCCCUGUGUCCUCUGUUCUUGGUGAUGACAUCUACAACUGGUAUGUGUCACCAGGACACCGGGAAUAGGAAUCCACGUGUAGGGCUACUGCCUCCAUGCAGGGGCCCCUCCUGCCACCCUUCACACCCACACCUCCCCCUGCUGGCGGCCACCAGCCUGACCUUCAUCUUCACUCUUGUUUCCAGAGCUUUCUGUAGAGGAGUCUGCACAGCCCUCAGGCUGGAUCUGCCUGGGCUCUCUUGGGAGACUCAUCAGGGGGUCCAUGCCCUGCUUCCGUGUUCCUGCAGGUGACCGGUCACCCCACACUCAGGGUGGAGGGAGCCUCGCUCUCUGGGAUAGAUGCCCGCCAUGUGCAUUUAUGUGGGAGUUUGAGCUGCCCAGCCCUUCCAGAGUCACUAUGCCGUCCUGUGCAUUCCAGAAGGUGGUACGUCUUCCCUUGGCCGGUGCCAGGGAGCGCCCACUCCAGCGGCCAGUGGGUACCAGCUGCUGCCUCUGGGCCUUGCAUUUCCCUGACGGCCAGUGCACUUGCAUCGUUGCUCAUCUGCGUGGGCUCUGGAGAAAUUCCCAGCCCGGUUCUGUGUCCAGGACUUGAUUCGGUCACCUUACGGAGUUGUCAGAGUUCUCUGUACACUCAGAACUCAGUUCCCAUCAGGAAAUGGUUUGUGAAUGUUUUCUCCCGUUUCAUGGGUUCCAUCUUCACUUUCUCAGUGGUGGCCCUCAGGCAGCAAGCUUCUGUUCUGGCAACAUCCACCAUAUCUUCUUGAUUUGCCUGUGCUCUUGGCAUCCUGUCCCAGAGUCCUUUGGUGAAUCAAGGUCAUGGAAAUACACCUGUUUACUUCCGAGAAUUUGAUUACUUAAUUUUGCCCUUACAGAUUUCUCCACUUAAAGUGAAUGUUUGUAUUUGGUGUGCAGUCAGCUCCACUCUGCAUAUGACUCUUAAGCUGCCCCAGUGCCGUCACCGAGAAGAUCAUUCUGUCUUCUGUUCUUGGCACCUUUGUUGAAACUCUGCUGGCCACAGGUGUCUGGGGUUAACUCUGGGCACUCGGUAGCUGUCUCUUGAUUGUUGCUUUGCAGGACAUUUUGAAACUAGAAAGCGUGAGUCCUGGAUUACAUCAGAAUAGCUUCUGCACAGUGAAGGAAACCACCAACAAAACUAAAAGUCAGCCUCCUGAACGGGAGGAGAGAUUAGUACCCAAAGAAUACAAAGAACUUAUUCAGGUUAACACCAAAAGUGAAAUAAUCCACUUAAAAAUGGGCAGAACAGGGCAUCUGGGUGGCGAGGUAGUUAAGCGUCCAGUUCAUUUUGGCUCAGGUCAUGAUCUCAUGGUUCAGGUGUUCAAGCCCCACAUCGGGCUCUGCACUAACAGCAAGGAGCCUGCUUGGAAUUCUCUGUCCCUCCCCCACUGUGCACUUUUCUCUCUCAAAAUAAAUAAACUUAAUUUUUUAAUGUUUAUUUUUGAGACACAGAGGUGAGCAGGAAGGGGCAGAGAGGGAGACACAGAGUCCCAAGCAGGCUCUGAACUGUCAGCACAGAGCCUGAUGUGGGGCCCAAACCCACAAACUGCAAGAUCAUGACCUGAGCCGAAGUCAGACGCUUAACUGACUGAGCCACCCAGGCACCCCAAACUUUAUUUUUUAAGGUUUGUUUAUUUUUGAGGGAGAGAGCACAGUGGAGGAGGGGCAGGGGGAGGGGGAGUGGACAGAGCAUCCAAAGCAGGCUCCGUGCUGAUCGGGCUCAACCUCAAAUGGUGAGAUCACGACCUGAGUCAACAUCAAAUGCUCAACCAGCUGAGCCACCCAGGCACCCCUAACAAAAUAAACUUGAAGAAAAGAUGUGGAAAACGGGCACAACACAUGAACGUUUUUCCAAAGAAAAGCUCCAGGUGCCUAACAGACACAUGAAAAGAUGCUCUACAUCACUCCUCAGGGAGAUACAAACCAGGAUGAGAUCACCUCACACCUGUCAGUGGCUAAAAUCAACACAGGAAACGAGUUGUCAAGGACGUGGAGGAAGGGGGCCCUCCCCACCACCGGUAGGGAUACAGACUGGUG